AUUAAAGAUAUGUUUGAGUAAAAUUUAAUAUUUGGGAUGUAGCAUCAUUCCGAUAUCCGAAAAUAACAUUAAAUAUUUACACAUUAUCUAAAAAAAUAGUUUUGGAAAUGCUCGAAGAACAUUUUUGUCAGGUAACAAGUCUUGUUUCAGGAAACACCUCUGUCACAAGCGGGCGUUGAGAUUGCAUGUGCGCAAUGGGUCAUGCUUUAUGUGUAUAGUAUUAAAAAAUGUAUUUAAAACAAUAUUUAGAGAAAAAGACGUAGAAAAAAGUAUGUGGUCUGAAUAGCUAUGAAUUGUAAUAAUUUUAUAUUUGAAUGUUUACUUUUUAUAGUGUUCAAUAUCUCUUGUGAAGCCUAACCUAAUAUUUUGCCGUGUAAUUCCUAACCUUGGUAUCUUAAAGAAUUUUGAAUUUAAUGGAUAAGUUAGCUGAACAAGCCCUUUUACGUUCUCUUCUUGUCACACGUUGAUAAAGUAAAUAAGGAUGGCACGUCGUGUGUCGUCUUUGUGUAAAGCAACGCAAUGGAGCUUUUUGAAGAACUUUGUUUCGGGGCCAGUGACAGUUGUAUAUUCUCAACAAUUAUACCAUACCCAAAGAAAAUUGUUGACUGCCUCCACAUCUCGUCUACCGUUUUUCACGUGUUACCGAUAUCAGCAUCAGCAGUCGAGGGACUCGGAUGAAAGUGAUGAUAAUGAUGUUCCCAGAGUACAACGUAUGAAAGAACAUGAAUCUAUUUUGCGAGAUGUUAUUGCAAGAGGAGAACCAUUGUCCAAAGAUGAAUGGAAUAAAGUGAAACAAGAAGUUUUUAAUUUAAAUAGUUUUGUGAAUGCAGAAAACAUUGAUGCUAUCAUAAUGGGCUUGUGUAUUGGUGAAAAACAGUUUGCUGUAGGAUCAUCUCUAUUGGAUAGUUUGAGAGAAUCUGGUAUUUCUCCAAACACUGCAACACUUGCAAGGUUCUUGAAGUUGUGUUAUGACUGCAAAGCUGGUGAUGAAGAAUCUGUUCUUGGAAUUUGUAAUGAAAUAAGAAACCGCUGUCCAGUCCUCGAUGCUUCCACAGCUGACAAUGUGAUCCAUGGCUUGGCGCUAACAUCACGUUGGCAGGAAGGUUUAGAACUGCUGUCGGAAAUUCGGUUAUCUGCAGUUCCUAUUUCAGCCAGUUUCAAUGUCCUGGCUGAAGCUGCUUUUAAAAAUGGAGAGCUGAAACUGGGCUGGGAGCUUAUGGAACAGAUGUUGCAAUUGGAACGACGACCAACUCCUCCGGUUUACAAAGCUUGGAUUGACCAGUGUAUGAGGACAAAGGGAAGUGAGGCCAGUGUAAUGAUUGGACAGCUUCUUGACUUCUGGGCUGAUCACGAUCUCAGGCCAUCUCUAGAUGUUGCAGAGCACUUACGAAGUUGGUUUGAACAUGACAAGUACUCCUGGGAAGGUUGCUUUACAACAAUAUCUCCUAGAGGUUCCUGUCAAAACUGCCGGACAGUGCUACGCAAAAGGAAGAUAACAACUGCGGAAUUUGAAGCAAUGCGUAAGGAGUUUUUUGAGCAAGUGAUUGUUGGAAGUAAUGUCUUUCUCAAAUCAAACCCUGAGGAGUUGGAGACAUUCCAGCAGUUUCUGUCACGAACAGCACCGUAUGAUGUAGUCAUUGAUGGACUAAAUAUUGCUUACUCUUCAGGAAGAUUACGACCCCAGCAGGCUGUAAAAGCGUUGGAAUCAGUUGUUCAACAUUUUGCUACUCGAAAGAAAAGAAUGUUAGUUUUGGGGAGACGACAUAUGCAAAAUUGGCCACAGAAAGAAAUGAACUAUAUCCAUGAACAUGCAUUUGUUUUCCUGGCACAGAAUCUAUCUCAGGAUGAUCCCUUCCUUCUUUAUGCUGCGAUGUAUAGUGGCCCCUUCACACAGUUUGUGUCACGGGAUCUAAUGCGCAGUCAUGUGUAUUUACUAAAAGAUACUUCUCUACGACGUAUUUUUCGGCGGUGGCAACAACAGCGGCAAUUGCAACUGAUCCGAGCAAUAUCAGGACAUGUCACCGUUAUGCCACCAUUAUCAUACAAUCCUUCCGUACAACAAGGACCUGGUGCUGUAUGGCAUGUUCCGUAUGAUACUGAAUUCAAGGUUCAACCAAAGCAAAUGUUUGAACCUCCACGACAUUGGCUAUGCCUGAGAGAGGCUAGCCAGUGUUCAUAAUUAGUUUGUGUUCUAGUGGUGUUCAGAAUUUUCAAGUUCUGACUUCGAGCCUAGUUAGCAGAAUUAUAGGUUAUGUAAUUCGAUUUGAAGGAUCUACAGUAUUUUAUGACUCAAUACAUCGAGUUUGUCUGUGGUAACUCUUGUACAUAUAGGACAUGAGGUCCAUGAAUUAGAAUGGAACUACAAGCCUUUAGUGUAAUGGUUGUUUUAAUAGAAUGUACAAAUUUUGCACAAAUUGAUGAAACCCAACAUCUUUAUAAUUGUUUGAAAAUUAUAACUAGUUGUUGCAGAUUUUUCUAUUUUAAAUGUUCUUUCAACAUGUGCAUGUUGCACGAUCUUAGUACUGAUUUGAAUAAUUGGGAGAAAGAUGAUGUAGUGACUGAUUAAUGAUACAUUUUUUACACUUGAAUGUUUUUAAAAGAUGAAUAGUUUUGUAAUUGGUUAUUUGUAUUGUUUCAUACAAACAUUUUGUUGAUGUGUGAACAAAAAAUGUUUUCAGAGAAUGGCACAUUUAGCAUGUCUUCAGAACUAUAUACUGAAUAUUGCUAAAGUGAAAUGAGAUCAUUGCUAUAUCAGUUCUAUUUUUCAUGUUUAAGAUUGAUUAUCUUUGCCCCUUUUACAGUGUCCAUUUUUUGUAGUAAUUGGUUAUAAAUGUAUUUGGUGUGCAAUCUCUUUGUCAGGCAAUGUUGUUGAGAAAACCUGACUGAUUAAAUUAUAGAACAGUGAAACCUGUCUUAAGAUGGAAACCUACCAUCCCAGACAAAAAAUUUUAGUACGGAAUGAUUUCAUCUGAAUAAAUGACCUCUGGGAAGCUGGUAACCGGUUUAACACGGAAUGGUUUAUAAAGAACAUAUAUAGAUUAUACCUAGCUAAGAAGGAAAUUUAUUUGUAAAUUUCCUGCUCUAUCUUUGGAAUGGCAUUAUGCGAAGGGUGAUGUCCAGAGAAAAUACAGGGAACGACAAAUAAUUCCCCUUAGACCUGCUGUCGGGGAAUCUUUGGUAAACACCUUGACUUUGGCGGUUUUGUUGCAUCUUCCUCAUGCUUUGGUGUGAUUUCAUCGCUGACUGAAUCGCUGUUGUUCCGAAUCCUUAAUGUUGGUUGUCCAUACCCUUGUUAAUUCUUAAAAGCGGCCCCACAUUUUCAUCAGUCGAUAAUGGAAUUUCAGGAAUGCUGUCUUGUCUUCCCAAUGUAGCAGUCAUAGGGUUGAGGGGGUGUAGAUCAUACAAUUUAGUGACCACUUGUAGUGGAGUGUAAAAAUUUCUUUGAAUCUUACAUGCAAAACGCUUCUGCUACAGAAGAAAAUGGGUAUGACUGAAGAUCACAAGAAGAAGUCAUUCCGCAAAGGACCUUGUUACGAAAUUCAAAGGGGAUGAAACUCAAAUUUGUGAUAUUUUAUGAAAUAAGAACCAAAUUCAAAACGAAUGAUUAAAAAGACAUUUAUAUAAAAAAUACUGUAUUUAAGUUUUAAGUUGAAAUCUGCCAAGUUGGAAAUUUUUUGAAGGAAUCAUGAGGUUCUUUCUUAGACAGGUUUUACUGUAUUUGUAUUUACUACGAUUGAAUUCAACUCUUUGGAAGUAUGGAUUUCCCUCUCAGUCAUGUGGUAAUGUUGUUGCCAUCAUCUUCCAUGGUUUUACUAUUCUUUCUUCCAUCCCAUGUUACUAAAUGUUGUACAUUAAGACAAAUCAAUUGUGGCAGAAAUUCCAUGGGACCUCUUCAUGUAUUAAAAGGCUAGUCCACUUCUUAUAUUAUUGGAAGAUACCAUGUUUAUCCACGUUACAGGAGAAUCAAGCUUGUUUCAUUUUAAUUUUCUGGGAAUACUAGAAUCAAAGCGUGAGAAAGUGUACCAUCAAAUGAGUAAAUAAACUGUAUAUCUUGUUUCUUUGUGUAAUAAGUUUAUUCUUUGCUUCUCCUGUUAAAAAGAAAAAAAGAAAAGAUUUCUUGUAUUUUAAUAUAGAGAAGGGAUGGUCCUUUCUGUGUAGUUUUACUGUCCAGUUGUAGAAAAUGCUUCAAACCUUUAUAUCAGUUGUAUGAAUUGAAUGUACAAGUGGGUGUUUUCAACUUUUCAGAUGGAACAGUCAAAUAAGAUUAAAUUAUAAUAUAUUUUGUCUUCCUAAGGUGAUUUAUAUUUGGUUGUUUCAAAUGCAUCUCAGUUAAGGGCCUGAGAACAAAAUGCCAGGUACAUACAUUUGUGUAAAAUGUCACUUUCCUGGUUUAUGUUUUGUGUGUCUUAUUAAAGAACUUGACUUAGCUAUCUUUUUGGGCUUUGAGCGUGUAUGUAGAUAUGGAGUAAUCCUCUGUUAAAUUUCAUCGUUGUCUCAUAAUGGUGCAGUCAGUUGCCUUUUAUCCCUUCGGUCAGGGGGAACCUUUAGUAACUGGGAUUUCCAGACAGUCCACUGUCUGGGUCCAUGUCCCUUCUGGGAACCUGUGGUGUCUUGAAUUGCUUAACUUCCACGACUUUACGUAGUUGAGCAAUUCGGUUAAUAACACCAUCAUAUUUUUACUUUCAGACAAGUGAGAGAAUAUGAGAGGUAGAAUCUGUACUUUGAUGUUCAUUGUUUUUUACUUGAAAGACUGCAUUUGAUGUACAUUGAAUGUUUGUACGCUAUUUUCUAUGCAUUUUCUUAUAGAGAAGAAUAUUCAUAUCCGUUAUACAAAUUCAAAUCUAUAAGUAUUAAAUAAAGCUUGUUUAUUUAAAGUAUUUAGCCCACCAUUGUUCAAGAAAUGUUGGAACUUCAACUUUUGAUUUAUGAAAAGUCAAAACAAGAACCAUUGAACUUUAUUAUCAGAAAACAUACAUUCAUUUCAAACACAUGAGAAUAUUAAAAAUAAUUCUAUUAAAGAAUCAAAAUUUUUCAUU